AUGGCAAACUUUUUUAUUGCGCUUUGGGAGAGCAUUUUUCGGCCUGGAACCACACCGCAAUUGGUUGCUGCAACAAACGCGUCGUUUGCUAUUCUACUUGCGGUAUUGUUCUCCUUGCUAUACGUAACCCGCAGCGGACAUUUCAUAGCACUCUCGGUCAUCGCCAUGCUGCUUUGGAUUACCGUGAUAUGGUUCGUUCGGGAGUUGAAACAAGUUAACCUAAAGAGCAACGAAGAGCUCGACGUAGGAAAGAAUAACAAGAAGAAAGGAGAUUGA